CUGAUCGAGCAAAAGUGUAAACUUCUAAUCGACGGCAUUCUGGGGACGCUGGUGAUCUUCCUGGUUCUGGAGCUGCUGAUCUGCAUCACCGCCAUGUUGUUCGGGCUCAGCGCGAUCCAGAUCGUGAUCGGGGCUCUGAUCCUGUGUCUGAGCGCCUCUGUGCUCCAGAUCCACGAGGUCCACUUCACCGGGGACGUGGCCCUCUUCCUGAUCGUGGUCAUACAGGUGACCCUGUCCGGUGCGGUGUUGGUCCACAGUGGGAGGAAGCCGACUCUGUUCUGGGUGAAAUGCUCCCUGGUUCUGCACCUGAUCAGCGCGGCCUUCGCCACGGCGGCUCUGGGCCUGAUGUCCAAACACCUGCCCUACCGGCAGGACUCCUACCACUGCGAGCACUGCCGCCGCCUGGAGCUGCACGCCGUGCUCCAGGCGGCGGCAGUGCUCGCAGUGGUAGGAGUCCUGCCGGUAGGGCAGGUGUUUGGACAUCAGGCCCAGAGCCGCCGUGGCGAAGGCCGCGCUGAUCAGAUCCACCUUUAG